GGGAUGGAAAGGCUGCAGCGAAUGUUUGCUGGCGCCGGCGGUGCUUUAGGUCACCCGCCGCCGGAUUCUCCUACUCUCGAUUCGUCGGAGCAAGUCUACAUAUCAUCCCUCGCUCUUCUUAAGAUGCUCAAACACGGGAGAGCCGGCGUUCCCAUGGAAGUGAUGGGAUUAAUGCUGGGGGAAUUUGUUGAUGAGUACACGGUCCGGGUAGUCGAUGUGUUUGCUAUGCCACAGAGUGGGACUGGAGUGAGUGUCGAAGCAGUCGAUCACGUGUUCCAGACCAAUAUGCUUGAUAUGCUCAAGCAAACUGGCAGGCCAGAGAUGGUUGUCGGUUGGUAUCAUUCACAUCCUGGUUUUGGUUGUUGGCUUUCGGGCGUGGACAUUAAUACUCAGCAGAGUUUUGAAGCACUGAAUCAAAGAGCAGUUGCUGUGGUGGUGGAUCCCAUACAGAGUGUGAAAGGGAAGGUGGUGAUUGAUGCUUUCCGUUUAAUAAAUCCCCAAACAAUGAUGCUUGGCCAAGAGCCACGUCAAACGACAUCUAACUUAGGACAUCUAAACAAACCCUCUAUCCAAGCCUUGAUCCAUGGUCUUAACCGGCACUACUACUCCAUAGCAAUCAACUACAGAAAGAAUGAACUUGAAGAGAAAAUGCUUCUGAAUCUUCACAAGAAGAAAUGGACAGAUGGGUUGACCCUCCAGCGAUUUGAUGCCCACUCCAAAACCAAUGAGGAAACAGUCCAGGAAAUGCUAAACCUAGCAAUCAAAUAUAAUAAAGCAGUGCAGGAAGAGGAUGAGUUACCACCUGAGAAGUUGGCCAUUGCAAAUGUAGGAAGGCAAGACGCCAAGAAGCAUCUAGAAGAGCACGUCUCGAACUUGAUGUCUUCAAAUAUUGUUCAGACGCUGGGAACCAUGCUCGACACUGUUGUCUUUUGAAGUUCUAAGCUAUAAAACUCUGCACUGUUGUCUUUUGAGAUUGUGAAAACCAAAAGUUCGCCUUCUCAUGUUAUCGUGACUUUCAAGUAAUCCAAGAGAGAAUUUGUACUAGUAUUGUUACUAUUGUGUAUGAUCCUUGAAUGCGUUUCUCCUAUUGUGUUCAACACUCAAUAUUGGAGUACGUUUAGAGCGCUUUUGCCCUCGAUAUGUUUGAUGAAUCAUUUGAGAGGAAAUAUGUGUGCUAACUUCCAUGUCAGUCCAACGGGUAAAGAAUUAUUCUACCUAGGGAUGGACUGGGAUGGGAUGGCCUGACCCGGUUGACCGGGACCAGUGCUGGGGCCCGACCUGAGUGAAGAAGUAGCGGGCUACGGGAUCAAGAUUUAGUGGACCGGCCCGGUUUGGGCCCAACGGACAGUUUUUAUAAAAAAUUGGGUUUGAAUUAAUUAACAAAAAAUGAAAAAAAAUUAGCCCGACCU